AUGUGGCCGCGGGGGUUAAUCGUGUUUUGUGCGCUGCUAGGAGGGGUGUUCGCAGUACGAAGAUUUCCGGAUGGGUUCAAACUAGGAGCCGCGACAGCCGCUUACCAAGUCGAGGGUUCUUGGAAUGUCAGUGAUAAAUCACCCAGUAUUUGGGACACCUUCACCCAUGAACAUCCCGAGGCCAUAGUGGACGGUUCUAACGGGGAUAUUGCUUGUGAUUCCUACAACAAGUGGAGGGAGGAUAUACAGCUGGCUUCUGAUUUCGGCUUACACUUUUAUAGGCUCUCCCUAUCUUGGCCCCGGCUGCUGCCAAACGGAUUCUCCAAUUACAUCAGCGAAGAUGGAGUGAGAUACUAUAACAAUCUAAUUGACGGUCUCCUUGAGAAAGGGAUAGAGCCACUCGUAACUUUGUACCACUGGGAUCUACCACAGAACUUGCAAGAUUUAGGUGGUUGGACAAAUCCCCUCAUAGCGGAGUGGUUUGCGGCCUACGCCCGCGUCGCGUACACACUGUUCGGUGACCGGGUGAAAACCUGGAUCACAAUUAACGAGGGGGUCAUAGUCUGCGAAGCGACUUACACCUUGGGCGGCUUCGCCCCUGGCAUUUCGAGUCCAUUCCUCGGCAGUUACAUGUGCAAUAAGAACGUUUUACUUGCUCACGCUCGUGCUUGGAGAAUUUACGAUGAGGAGUUCAGACCUGAACAUCAUGGAAAGGUAUCCUUAACGAACCAGAUACUUUGGGUACAGCCGUAUUCAGAAGAGUACGAGGAAUUAGCAGAUCUUGUCAUGCAGAUGGUCGCCGGUCUAUACUCACAUCCAAUUUACACAAGAAGAAGGGGGAUGGCCCCCCACUCUCUAGAGAAACAAAUCGCCGAGAAGAGUGCGAGAGAAGGCUACAAGCGAUCGAAACUACCCGCAUUUACUAAGGAAGAGAUUGAAUUUAUAAAAGGUACCUACGAUUUCUACGCGGUAAACUACUACACCAGCCGCUUAGUGCGGACUCCAAAAGAAGGAGAAAAGAUUGGCUUAUGGCCACUCUACGGUCUCGAAGAGUUGGGUGCUGUCCUCGAGGUAGCCCCGGAGUGGCCAGGGACAUCUUCCAAUUGGUUCUUUGAAUAUCCAGUCGGAUUGAGGCGCUUACUGUCCUGGCUAAAGAAGAACUACGGCGACCUGGACUUCCGGAUUAUGGAGAACGGAUACGCUAGUGAUAAACGUGAUAUUAAUGAUUACGAUCGGGUCAAGUACUAUCGGGAACAUUUGGAACAGGUGUACCUGGCCAUCACUGAAGACGCAGUGAACGUCACCCAUUACACAGCAUGGACCCUGCUUGACAACUACGAAUGGGUCGAUGGAUAUGUAUCCAAGUUCGGGAUAGUCGACGUCGACUUCACGGACCCACUGCGCCCGCGCACCCCAAGAGCUUCCGCCUAUUUCUACGCUAGUGUUAUCGCCACAAACUCACCGGACGGUGAUCAGACAUUAAACGACUUGUAUAAGCUGCUAGCGCGUACUAAGAACGCAAUACAGCGUGUGCAAAAUGCAUGUGCAAGAUAUAUCUGGAACAUCCCACUCCGUACUCAUGUCUCGCCCUUCCUUCUGAGUGCUGGCGUACUCAGGAUGGAGCAGCGUCGACGCCUACAUUUUGCAUCCCUUCUAUUUGACGUGGUUCUAUCUAAGGCCCCAUCAUAUCUAUACGAUAAACUAUCAUGGUUUGGGGAUGGAAACAAUAGAUAUCAUACCAGAAUUGCACUAUAUGGCCUGGAAAUGCCCCUGUACCAUACCACGGCAUUUAGGGGCAGUUUUGCGUACAAUGCGACGAAAUGUUGGAACAACCUUCCACCACCAAUACGGGCCUCUAAAACUGUAAGGAAUUUUUAA